UUUUCUACCAUUUUCUGCAGAAAGUUUGAAUCCUAUGUUAAAAUCUUUUUCCAAUGUUCCAUUAUCAUACCUAUUAGCAGUUAAAUUUGUUGAACUUAUGCUUUAUUUCAUGAUUAAUUAUGUAUAUGAUAUUUUUUUACUUAUUUUUAUAUCUAGAGUUCCAUGGUUAUAUAUCUCCUUUCUGAUAUUUCCUUUUCCUCUAUGGAUAAUGCCGUUUCUUCUUCUUUUUGACAUAUAUUCUUUAUUUGGUCCUUUUUAUCUUAUAUCUAAUGAACGAUAUGCACUAUUUAGAGAUAAAGGGAUAUUAAAGUCUUCAAUACGGCCUAAGCAAGAUGGAGUUCUUAGUAUCCUUUUGUCAGCAUUAAUUUCAUCAAUUUGUAGUAUUAUUGUUUAUGUGGUUUCGAAAUUAUCUUUGAUACCCUUAUCUUCAACUUAUUUCGAAACGAAACAUUUCAUUGCACCUAUUCCAUUACCAAUAUUAAUGGUUACUUUUUUUCCUUUGGGUUUUUGUAUUCAAAAAAUUAUUUUAUCUCUAGGUCCAUUCAAGGCUUAUCUUUAUAUGAUACUCACAAUGGCAUGGGUAACAUCUUCAUAUCUUUAUUUAUUAAUUCAAAACAUUACGUUUCAUGCAAUUUGGGUUUCUAUUCUUACUUUUUGGUUUUCUAUUACUGUUUCUUUUUUUUUUAUGAUUUUAUGUGCUAAAUCAUAAUUUUAUACAUUUUAGUCGGUUCUUUCUCACUUGAUAAUAAAUAAAGAAAAAAAAUGAAAUUUCUUA